UUUCCUCACACCUCCUUUCUAAAACAAGUAAGACUCUCUCUCUCUGUCUCUCUCUCUCUGCAUCACCUUCCAUCACUCACUCCCAUGGAGGGGAGUCAAAGAUCCGAGUCCGCUCAAGAACCCGACAACCCGUCGCCGCCGGUCACCGCCCACCACCUGGCUGCCCCGCCGGGGCUGACCCCCGGCGAGUUCGCCGAGCUCGCCCCCUCCGUCGCGGAGCACCACACCUACGAGCUCGGCCCGGGGAGGUGCUCCUCCCUCCUGGCGCAGCGCGUGCGGGCCCCACGCGCCGUCGUCUGGUCCAUCGUGCGCCGCUUCGACAGGCCCCAGGUGUACAAGCACUUCAUCAAGAGCUGCUCCGUGGGGCCCGGGUUCGAGGUCGCCGUGGGGGCCACGCGCUACGUCGACGUCAUCUCCGGCCUCCCGGCGUCCACCAGCGAGGAGCGGCUGGACGUGCUGGACGACGGCCGGUUCGUCACCGGGUUCACCAUCAUCGGCGGGGAGCACCGGCUGAGGAACUACCGGUCGGUGACGACGCUGCACGAGGUGGCGCGUGAGGGCGGGAUUUGGACCGCCGUCCUGGAGUCGUACGUCGUGGACGUGCCGGAGGGGAACACCGAGGAGGACACCCGCCUCUUCGCCGACACCGUGGUGAAGCUGAACCUGCAGAAGCUGGCCUCCGUCGCUGAAGGGCUGGUGGCUCGCGAGGGUGAGGGCCGAUAGCAGUCUUCUCCCUACUCCAAAGUUUCCAUUUUGAUUCCCUCUUUUACGAAUCCGAAGGGGUUCUUGAUUUGUGAAUUAUCUGCAGAAAGAAAGAAAGAAAAAGAACUGUUCUUUUUUGGGGUACUGUUUGGAAAAGUUAAUGGGAUUUUCAUGAGAAUUUGGGAAAAUGCGGAGGGAAUUCAAUGCUUGAUUUGCUGCUGAUUUUCUAAUUGAGGAAAUGUUAUGGCCUCUGGAAUAUAUGCGGUUGAGU